AUGUUUACCCUCUUAUUUCUGUAUUUCUCCACGAGCAAGGUUGACCGAGCUCUGUGCACCAUUGACAUCAAUCUUUCCGAGCUCGAAUAUCUAGCUGGACAUCUUGACCCCUCGGAAUGUCAACGUCUGGUAGCGGCACUUCAUUACAAUUCUUUCGAACUUCCAGAAAGUAUAUCAGGUGCCGAAAGAAAAGUGAACGAUGAUAUCCCCUGCCUUCGGCAACUUCUUCAUUGGAAUAGUUCUCCAGGCGAGGGUCGUGGGAAAACUCAUGAAGACGUCGAACACCGUCUGCGUCAGUUGAAACACAAUGACCUUGCCGAUUGGUUAGGAAAAACAACGUUCAAGCAGCUUCGGAAUGAUCUGGAUAGAGCAUUGCGCAAUCCGUUCAGUGACCAGGAGUCAGAAGAUACCGUCGACAUAAGAGUUGGAAGCAACGAUUCUACGUACAUUCCAUUCUUCCAUCUCUUUCCUAAUUAA